AUGGCCAAGCUAGGUGGAACGAAGUUUACUUGGGUGAUAAAAAACUUUUCCUCUAUGAAAUCUAGAACUCGUGAUUCUGAUAUUUAUGAUAUUGGCACUACUGGCUACGACUGCUACCUUGAAGCUUAUCGCAGUACUGCAACCAAACUUGAGGGCUUGUGUAUUCGUAUUAUCUACGGUUCAUCUUUGCCUACUGAACGAAGAAGAUGCUUUAAGUAUCGCCUAACGUCAGUGAAUCAAUUUUCCGAAGAGCUUUCCAUAUUUGGAGAAGGAAUACAAUGGUUUAAUCCAUUGAAUUUGGACAUGGCUUAUACAUCAGUGUUUUUGGCUCAAAAAUUUCUUGGCAAAGAUAGUGGCUUCCUUGUAAACAAUCAAGUUAAGAUUGUUGUUGAAGUUGAUGUCCUUGAAGAUGUACCAGUGGAAACCGAGAUUACAACCAAACCUGAGACUAAUAUAGAGAAAAAUAAUAGCGCGGUUUCUAGCGUUUUGUUAUUGGAAGGUUCAUCAACAAUGGAAAGCGUUGAUGUCAAUGGGUUUCUAGUUUUUCCUUCACAAGUGGGAUCUGUGACGCGUAUAUUUGAGAAGCAUCCUGACAUUGCUGUUGAUUUUCGUGCAAAGAACCAACAUGUUAGGAGCGCAUGCAUGAGUUCCCUUCUCGGCUUAAUUGAGACUUUGUGCAAAUCACUUCACGAGCUAUCAAUUGAAGAUCUAAUUGGAGCAACCAUUGCACUCAAACAUGUGAAAGAUGCAGGAUUUAAGGUUGAUUGGCUGGAGAAGAAUCUGGAGCAAGUGAGAGCAAAAAAGUUGAAAGAGCUUUCAUAUUUGGCCAUGCUCAAAGAAACUGAGGAAAAAGCUCUAAAACUGAAGCGAAAGUUUAAAGAGCUUGAUUCUCUUGCGGAGGGGCAGAAGAAAAAGUUGUCAGCCACCAGAACUCCUCUGUCAUUCGAUGAUGUUGUUUAA